AUGAUCAACCCCGGCGGGGAAGCCCUCCACGCUAAGGAGGUCCUGCCGCAGAUCCAAUCCAUGAUCUCCUCCCUUACCGGCGACCUCCGCCGACCCGCCGCCGCCGCCGCCGGCGACGGCGCCGGUGUGAGGAUCGUCACCCUCUCCGGCACCAACAAGGGGGCCACCAUGGAUAGCGCCGACGCCGAGGAAGAAGCCGCAACCGCCCUCGUCCUCGACGGCGCCGGCGCCGGCGCCGUCGCCAACAGUAACUACCAAGCAGUGAACAACUCCGUGCUCUUCGACGGGAGCUGCGCCGCCGAAAACCCGGGCGUCCACGUCGUCAUCGUCGAGUACGCGGACGGCGACGCCGCCGGUCACGAGGCGGAGGCGGCGGCGGUGGCGGCGGAAGAGAGCGAGGUGGAGGAUGUGGAGGCAGAGAAGGCGGUGACGGUGAGGAUGGAGGAGCCGAAGGGUGGUAGCGGCGCCGGCCGCGAAGAGGGCCAGGGAGUGUAG